AUGAAAAUGGCUGCAAGUAAUAAUGAUGGUAAAUAUGAAACUGUUCCUGUAGCUGAUAAACAUGCCGGUGAUGAAUUACAAGUUGAAGAUCAGAACGACGAGGACCAUAAUACUGUUGUUCUACCAGCUCAAUUAUUGCGAGAUAUAUUCGAUUCAUUUAAGAAACUUUUCAUCAUCAUUCAUCAUCAAGUACAUGAUAAAUCUCUUGUAUGCGUUGGUAAAACGCAGAACGUUAGAUUAGCUCUUCCUGGUCCAAAAAUGAAAAUGAGUCGUGUAAUAAGGAAAAAUUUGAAUAUAUUAUUAAAUGAUGUUGUGACAUUUGACGCAUGCCAAAAUAUUAUAGAAGGUGAACGUCUUGAAGUCGCACCCAUUUAUGAUACCAUUAAUGGAUUAACAGGAAGUCUAUUAAAUAUUUUUUUAAUACCAUAUUUUCGUAUUAAAAAUCCUGGUCGACCGGUGAAUCAAGGUGAAUUUUUUAUUGUUCGUGCAGCUAUGCGUGCUGUAGAAUUUCAAGUUAUUAAAACUGUACCAGAACCGUAUUGUAUUGUUGGACCCAAAACAAAAAUAGUUUGUAAAGAUGUUCCAGUUAAACGUGAAGAAGUGAAAUCAUCGUUGAAUGAAGUUGGUUAUGAUAGUAUUGGUGCUGUAAAAAAACAACUGGCAUCAAUUAAAGAAAUGGCUGAAUUUACAUUACGACAUCAACCAUUAAUUAAACUAAGUGGUGCUACACUGGCACAACGUAUUCUUCUCUAUGGACCACCUGGCACAGGGAAAACAUUGGUCGCACGUGCCGUGGCAAACGAAACAGGUGCAUCAUUCUUUUUAAUUAGUGGACAAGAAAUGAUGUCUAAAUUAGCUGGUGAUGAAGAAGUAACAUUAACUAAAGUUUUUGAAGAAGCUGUAAAAAAAUCUUCAGCCAUCAUUUUCAUUGAUGAGCUCGAUGCUAUCGUACGAAAACGUCAAAAUACACAUGGUGAAGUUGAAUGUUGCAUAGUAUCACAAUUAUUAACAAUAAUGGAGAAUCUUAAACAACAUUCACAUGUUCUUUUUAUGGCUGCCACAAAUCAACCAAAUGACAUUGAUUCAAAACGAUUUGGUUUUAAUCUCGAAGUUGAUUUGAACAUAGCCGAUGAUGAUGUUAAUGGUCGUUUAGAGAUCCUUCUUAUACAUACAAAAAAUUGGAAUCUACAUCAUGAUGUUAAUUUAGAACAGAUUGCUAAAGAAACACCCGGUUAUGUUGGUGGAAACUUAGUCUCAUUAUGUUCAGAAGCUUAUUUACAACAACUUCGAGAAAAAAAGGAUAUUUUUGUUCCAGGUCAAGAUACAUAUCCUGUUGAAAAACUCGAUUUAUUAUGUAUUACUGAAGAAAAUUUUCGAGUUGCAUUGGAGCUAUCAAAAAAAACAGUUCUACGCAAAUCUGUUUCAAAGAAAAAAGACUGA